UUCAGCUCCCCACCUGCCCUCCUGGUUCCGGUUCCACAAGUUUGAAACCGGGAUUGGCAGGAACCUGGUGUCUCUGCACAGCGCUGCUAACCUUCUGAGUUAACCCCUGGCUCUGACAGUGAGCCCACAUAACUAUUUGGAAUAGUGUGGGGUUGGCGCGCGCACACACACACACACACGCGCAAGCAGAGAGUUAGAUCUCUCAGUCUGCACAGGGCCGUGCUGAAGAGGAGAUUGUGUAUUCUGCACUGUGUGUGCCUGAGAGGACAGGAGCUGUACUCACUGAAGAAGAAUCAGAGCAACAUCGAGUGAAAGUGGGAGCGAACGCUGCCUAGUCAUGGGGCAUCUGACGUUUCUGUUCUUAUUUGCCCCCUGGGUGUUACCCUGUUCAGGACAAGCCCAGGUUGAGAUCACAGCCGAGAGGAAUCCGGUGCAGAGCGGAGUAGGCUGGAAUACCACGCUGUCUGUGGCCAACAAUUCCGAGCUGUACUCCGUCGUGUGGCUCGACCCCACGGCGAGCACCAUCCUCACCCGGUUGAAUGGCCGCCUGGAGGUGAAGGAAGGCACGGCCUACACGGACAGGGUGAGCCUCCACAGGAACAGCUCGCUGACCAUCAGGGAGACCCGCCUGAGCGACGAAGGGAACUACACUAUCAGAGUCGACACGCCAGGAGGCUCGAACCUCAGGGCGAACACUCUCAUCAUCUCCCUCCAGGUCUACGUGGUUGUCACCAACGUGUCGAUCGUGGUGUCGGUCCCCGAUGUGUUUGAGGGCCAGCCCGAAGUCUCACUGACCUGCAGCUCUCUCACUGGCUCGAGGGUGACCUACAGCUGGGUGAAGGAUGGUCGUCCUCUGACCAAUGACAGCAGGGUGUCCAUCUCCGGGAACGUGGUACAGAUUCAGUCGGUGAGUCGAGAGGAUGCUGGGACCUACACUUGUACCAUCGAGAACCCCAUCAGUCAGAGCUCCAACAGCCAGCUCCUCACUGUGUUCUAUGGUCCCGAGAGGAUAGCGAUCCGCCGUGAGUUUCAGUCAAACUGUGCGACUGCGGGCCUGCUCCUCGCUGGCAGGGCUGGCACAUUAACCUGUGAGGCCAUCUCGGUACCAGUGCCAGAGUACAGCUGGCUGCAUAAUGGGCAGCUUUUUCGCCAGGGCAGUGUCCUCUCGUUCGUGGGUCUCAGGACGAACCAGACCAGCAACUACACCUGCAUCGCAACAAAUUCCAGAACGGGCACCCAGCUCUCUACAUCCACCCAGCUCACUGUUGCAGGGAUGUGCAGGACAGCGGGACUUUUAGCGGCUGACAACGGGAAGGCGUAA